AUGGAAGAAAUGUUAAAAAUAUGGACAAUUAAAAAAAAAACACUUUACGAUAAAUAUGAAGCAGACGUCCACGACUUAUCCAGUUUCAUUUUCAACAACAUGUUAAACACCAUCGCUAUGGGACGCCACAUAAAAAAAUUUCAAAUUUUACAAGCCUGCAAAAACCACGAAAUACCAACAACCUUGAUAACACCAGAUAUCCUGAAAAGCGACCUUCUACGCCUACAAAAACAUAUAGAACAAGCCGAUCAAAAGAUAGCAAUUAAUCUUGAAGACAUCCAUAAAUACUACGAAUUACCAAUUACUGAUUGUGUCAUCGCAGAAGAAACAUUAAUGGUAACAGUAAAAGUUCCAAUAAGAAGAGCAAACUUCAGAUGGCAACUGUACGAGUUGUUAACAACCCCAUUUGCUUGGCACAACCAAACAUGUCACAUUCAACACGAAGCUUUAUUUUUGGCAGUAGCGACAAGGAACCAGAAGGAAGUAGCGCUAACCAUUUCUGGAACCAACCUACACCAAUGCAAGCCGUAUGAAAAUAAAUUAUGCUAUCUUCCAAGAUUUUCACCAGACAACCUACAUGGACCCCAAUGUGCAAAAAUGCGGUUUCACGGAGCCACCGUAGAAGAAAUCGCGAAAACUUGUCCAAUGAGAUCAUUGCCUCACUUAACGGUUUUUGCAUAG